AAUAGCACCUAACUAUCUGAGUAUAUAAUUUCUAGUUGAUUAAUAAAAAAUAGUAAGUAGACACAGCAAAUAUGUAACUUGAGAAAUUACUAUAUAGACGACUAAAGUCUUUUCUCGUUUUUUCACACAACAAAUAUUUCUCACAUUGGCAAAACACAAGGCGACGGCCCAAUGGCUUCCACCAAUUUUCCUCUCAUCUUCCUCCUCGUACUAGUCUCUCUCUCUGUAGCUUUCGGAUAUUCUCUUUCCACAAGAGCUGCUUUUUCAAAACAAGAAGAUGAAUCAUUCCUUGUGGCUACGAAUGAUCAAGGAUCAUCAAUGAUCGUUGUUGAAGAUCUAGUAAAAACUCGAAGUCUUCAAGCUCUAGUCGAUGGCUCAAAAGUUGUUGUGAAUGAAGAAGUUCCUAAGCGACGUUCAACCAAAAGUUCGAAGACCAAAAAACCUAAGAGCGAGAAAAAGAAAAAAAGUGGAACAGCUGUAGGAAUCGUAGCCGCAGGAUUCCUUUGUGUUAUAUACUUAAUUCAUCGGAGGCGCAAAAAACAAAAGGCUCAAAAGACUGCACAAGGGUCAUCGUCGACAACUUUCAAAACAGAGGUUCAUGUUUAAAGAUCAUAAUCGUUGUAUCUACAAUUUCCUCUUCCUUAUCAAACUUAUUUACUAUGUUUGUACUGUCUUGUUUAUCUCUCAAAACUGUAUGUCUACCAACUCAUAGGCCAUAGCCAUGUAAUUUCAUUGUAUGCAUAUUUAAUAGAAUGCCCUUUAUCAAAAAA